AUGUCCUUCACUUCGUUCGGUGAGGGCUCUGACAUGCGCUUUCUAGACAUGCGCACAGCACCACCAGUCCAGUCUUCACAUAUCCCGUCAUUUCAAGCAGCGAAAUCCAAUUCCACAAGUAAGACAUGCCAUUGGACCACGUCCGGCGAUGGCGAUUCCCAGAAAUCCAAGUAUACAUCCUUAAGAUGCUUUGAUUGGAUCGAUAAGACCAGAAAGCCAUCUACAUCGAGCAAUGGUGAGCCUGUGAAACCGGCGAAGAGAUACGGCGUAUGUCUUCAGGGUGACCCAUGGCCUUUGAAGGGUUCAAAGAUGGGAGAACUGUUACCUUCUGGACAGAACGCCCGUAAAGCUUUUAAGGUGAAUGAUGCUGCAAAGGACGGACAUGUGAAUGCAUGCGCACCAAGUGGCUCUUCUAUAUUGGACGCUGGGUCAAGGUCAAGGCCAGUUAAACUGAGCGCCGGCACAAAGCACAUACUGAAGCCCAACCUGAAGAAUUUGGAUCAAGAUAAGCCUAUGCCCAUCCACUCCACUGUCCCUUUCUCGUGGGAGGCAAGUUCGGGCAAGGUUCCAGCUCCUCAGGAGAAACCAGCAAGAAUUUACCAGCUUUGA